GGGCCAAGUAUCAUCCCACCGUUAACACAUUACACAACUUUACCAUCUCCAUCUCCUCUGUGUUAUAUUUUGUCCUCUUUUAUUCUCAUCUGAUCACACACACUCUGUCACGCACCCACCAUUCUACUACACUCCUCUCUCUCACUCUCACUCUCUGCUCCGUGAUAGCUGUACCACGUUUUUCUCUCCAUCUCGAAACACCAUCUCUGCCUCAGUCCCAACCCAUCACCAUUCUCAUGGCUGCUCUAGCUCUAGCACUUCUUCUUCUGGCUUUCACCGGCACUUCAAGUGCUACAUGGUGCGUUUGCAAGGAUGGAAGCGACGCGAUCCUGCAGAAGACGUUAGACUAUGCUUGUGGAGCUGGUGCUGACUGUAACCCUCUUCACCUAAACGGGCCUUGUUUUCAGCCCAACACCGUCAGGGCCCACUGUAACUACGCCGUGAACAGCUACUUCCAAAAGAAGGGUCAAGCUCAAGGGUCAUGCGAGUUUGCGGGAACAGCCACUGUUACUGCAUCUGACCCCAGCUCUAGCGGUUGUGUCUACCCUUCUAGCGUCAGCGCUGCAGGCACUGGUACAACUCCUGUGACUACUACACCAACAAUGGGCACUACUCCUACAACUGGAACUCCAUCAACAAGCACCGGCACCGGCACUGGCACCGGCACCACCACUGGUACCACUCCAUACAGCACAACACCUGGAGUAUUAGGAGGCAUUGGCAGUGGCAUGGGACCUUCAGGAUCCGGCAUGAACGAUGAAAGUCACGGUGGCAUUAGAUUUGUUCACAGCAGUAGUUUCUUCUCGAUCGCGAUCGCCCUCAUCUCUGCCUUCAUGAUGCUCUGCUGGGGUUGAGAAUGAAAAUGGCUUGACCUGGGUAUAUGGUGCAAAAUGCCUUAUUUCACUGUAUUAAUGUGAAUGCUAUUUUUCUAGGUGUUGAACUUGGGACGUUAGUUUUUGGGGUUCUUAUAUAAUAUUUUUCUCCACCUUCCACUAGCUAUUGGUUUUUUGAUUAAUUAAUUGAAUAUGGUAACAACUUGGCUCCACUUGUUCUUAAUCUUAAGCUCUGUACGAAGAAGUACAUAACGUUGUCAAUGAGAUGGAAGGGUGGACCUAGUGACACCAAUGCUAUGUAAUUUUUAACGUAACUAUAAACCGUUAAUUUUGUGCUUUCAAUGAAUAGAAAUCAUGCCCAAUUGUUUCGGA